AUGGCCCUCAAAAACCGACAAAGAGCACCUGUGGUCUAUCUCUCAGCAUCGGAGAAAUACUUCCCCUCUGACAUCGCGGCACAUAUCGCCAACAGCCGCCCAGUAGAUGGAAAUGGUGCUCCGCUCGCAGCGCCUUCGCCCUUAAACCCAGGAAACCUAGACAGCCUCAAUGCAUUCGCGAACGGGGGCGCCGACGUUUUCCUGACAUCCAACGAAGGAAUCCGCGCCCUCCCCGGCUGGUUCCAAGGCACACGACCAGCGACCGAUGGGUCGAUCGGCAACACGCGUGCGAGCGUGAUCGUUACGGUGGCAAAGGCCAACAACGUGCUCGACGCCUUCUACUUUUACUACUACACAUACAACCAAGGCAACUGGGUAUUCGACAACCCGGGGCUCGAGUUCGGCGACCACGUCGGCGACUGGGAGCACACGAUGGUGCGGUUCGCCAACGGCACGCCCCAGAGCGUCUACUACAGCCAGCACUCGGGCGGCCAGGCGUUCCAGUACAGCGCGGUCGAGAAGCACAGCGACGGCGUGCGACCCGUCGUCUACGUCGCCAAGGGCUCGCAUGCCAACUACGCGACCCCCGGCCCUCACGACCACACGAUCCCGAACUUCAAUUCUGUCGUCGGCCCGCUCGUCGACCAUACCGACCGCGGCGUGUUCUGGGAUCCCGCGCCGAAUGCGUACACGUACACGUACGACGUCGGUGCCAGGUCCUUCGCCGCUUAUAACGGCGCGGAUCCAGUGUCGUACCUCAAUUUCGCGGGUAAGUGGGGCGACAAGCAGUUGCCUGACAAAACGCCGGGACAGGUCAAUAUCUUUGGCCAGCGGAAGUAUACUUCUGGGCCGACGGGCCCCAGGGAUAAGAAGCUCGAUCGCUCCGCUGUUUGUCCCGACAGUAAGAACUGUUGGGUUAGGCCCAUUCUGACGCCCAGGGACGAGUGA